UUGUUACGGGAGCGGUUUGUAUUCGGAGAGCCAAUGCGUCCGUCUGCGCUGGAAAAGCAGACAGCGAGAUAGCAUCAACCCAGGGCAGUCAUUGGAACUACGCUUCGGUAAGGAGUCUGAAGCUUCUUAUUUCGGUCGUGGGCGGGUGUGUGCAUGUGUGUGUGACUGCGUGUGUGGGUGUGCGCAUGUGUUUGAGUGUGUGAGGACUUGAAGAAAAAUCCAGUGAUGGCUGCCAAUAAAGGUAAAAACCAGAGUUCUCUGGCACUGCACAAGGUGAUAAUGGUGGGAAGUGGAGGUGUUGGGAAGUCUGCCCUCACGCUGCAAUUCAUGUAUGAUGAGUUUGUCGAAGACUACGAACCCACUAAGGCCGAUAGCUACAGGAAGAAGGUAGUGCUGGACGGGGAGGAAGUCCAGAUUGACAUCCUGGACACAGCUGGCCAGGAGGACUAUGCUGCUAUCAGGGAUAAUUAUUUUCGCAGCGGGGAGGGCUUCCUGCUGGUUUUCUCCAUCACAGAGCACGAGUCCUUCAGUGCCACUGAUGAGUUCAGGGAGCAGAUCCUGCGAGUGAAGGCGGAGGAGGACAAGAUCCCUCUCCUGCUGGUUGGCAACAAGUCAGAUCUGGAGGAUCGUCGGCAGGUGUCUGGUGAUGAGGCGCGCGGGAAGGCUGAGGAGUGGGGGGUCCAGUAUGUAGAGACGUCUGCCAAAACUAGAGCCAACGUGGAUAAGGUAUUCUUUGACCUGAUGCGUGAAGUGCGUGGCAAGAAAAUGACUGAAAACAAGGACAAAAAUGGAAAAGGAAAGAACAAGAAGAGUAAGAAGAGUUUCAAAGAAAGAUGCUGUUUACUUUGAGCUCUUCAUGGACCUGAACAUAUGCCACGACACACAUCUGUAUUGCCGGGGAACAAAACAGAUGUCUUUCAUUGUCAUUUAAAUGGGAAAUUGAUAAUUAUUUUUGUAAUGGCUUGUGAUAGAUUAGUCUACAACAAUCUCAACCACUUUGUUGCCAAUUUUAUGUACUAAAACUGGAAGAUGACCACUGUUGUUACUGUGACUUAAACUGCAGUGCUUGAUGGCUCACACUAAGCUAAUGACCAAACUGCCAGUGACACUAACUAUGCUGCUCAAGAAUUUCUCCACUGUUUAAUGCUGAAAAAUGCCUUUGAAUUUCAGUAAACGCGUCAAAUUUCCAAAGCCACUCUUAACCUUAUCAUGCAGACCUCUUGUUUCUGUAUUCAUCAAACUGUAGGAACUAUAAUGCUGCUGUUUGUCAUGUUUGUCCAUUAAUGAUGACAUUUACUGCCAGUAAAGUUACUGCAAAGGUCUCAUCCAUUUGGUCUGUUCAGAGGUAUCCUUUCAACUUGGCUGCUUUGAAUUGAUAAACAUUUCAAAUUAUUAUUAUUUGUUUUUUUUCUUCCUAGUGCGUAAGCUUUAUCUUUCCCCAAGACUUUGUGACUUUUGUGCCCACAGAUGAUUCUCAAGGUAGUGGAAUCCAAUUAGAGAAUUUGUGGCCAAACAGGGUUAUUUCAUAUUCCUUUCUUCUUUCUUGCUCUGGAAGGAUUACAAAACGUCAAUCAGAGAAAUUAUUUUAAUUCUGCAGGUGAAAAGCUGCAGAAUUUUGGAGAGUGAGAGACUCAUUAAUUCUUUGUGCAGAUAUCAUGCAAUAUAUUUGCUAGUUUUAUCACAAAUAGAAGAAAGCAUUCAUAUACUCCGACCUUUCUAGUAGUGCAGAUUUAUACUUCUUGUUUCUUUUAAAGGAAUGUCAAUGUUCUGGCAUUUUGAUGACUAUCUUCAAUGAUGACAUGCUUGUGUUGUGGUCAAUAAUUUAAUUACAGGAAAUCAUUGGUUCUUUACAUUUUAAUAACAUGCAUUUCAUUGCCAAUUCAUAGGAAGGGGGUUUCGUUCACAGUGGAGACUUUUAAAUAGUUUGUGCCAACCAAACUGCAAAUCGAACCAUGUUUGUACACUAUGUAUGUACGCUAACAGACCAAUUUGUCUGAACUAUACUACCUUACUGUGUAUAGUAAAAGCUUUGCAUCUUAACUCUUGUUUAAGUGCUGUGGUGAGUGAGAUGUUUCUAUCACUGCCUAAGCCAUUCUUUGUAACAUGCUUUCUUUGUUUUAUGCAUUUUACUGUGAACAUGUUUCAGUCUCUUUGCAGCAUGAAAGUUUCAAAAUAAAUGUUUCUUUUCUUUA